CCACGACGGCGUGACGUCACCGCGGGAAAUCCUCCGCGCCGCCACGUGGUUCCGGCGGGAUCGGCUGCGCUAAUUUUUUUGUGUGUUUGUGUGUGUAUGGGUGGGGGGGGGUGACCCUUUACAACAACAGAACAAUUUUAUUUUUUUUGUACGCAACGUAUUUUGUUCUUCUCCUUUAAAAUAAACUUUGCACCGUGUGUUAUCAGAUCACACGUUUAGUCGGGUAAACACAAAAAAAUGGACGGCGGCAAGACUCUGGCUGCUGCGGGAGCUGCUGGUGCCGGCGUGGGCAUAGCCGUCGGGAUGCUGUACAGAUUUGCGAAACGCAAACCCAAGAACGUGCUCGUCAACUGUUGGUUUUGCAACGAGAAUACCACGGUUCCGUACGGGAAUCAGAAUUGCUGGGACUGCCCCCACUGCGAGCAGUACAACGGAUUUAGAGAGGACGGUGACUACAACAAGCCGAUACCCGCGCAGCACUCGGAGUACCUGAACCACGGCACGCCCACCGGCGGGGCCUGGGAGGCCACGCGCUCCUCCGGCGGGACGGCCGCCGGCAGCAGCGGCUCCGUGGUGCAGCAGUGGGUGAGCAGCCGCCAUCUCCUGUGCAGGCGCUGCGCCGCCAACCAGCAGCUCAAGAUCCGCCAGAUCGCCAACUUCACCCCGCGCAGCGAGGACUCUUACGAUGACGAGGUGGAACUGUACCGCCACCACCUGGAGCAGACGUACCGCCUCUGCCGCCCGUGCCAGACGGCCGUCGAGUGUUACAUCCGGCACCAGGACCGGCAGAUCCGCACGCGCAUGCUGGACCUGCAUGCGCGGCAGGCGCCUCUGGGUCGCUACGCCGACAAGCUGUCGCCGCAGCAGUUCUCCGCCCGGCUGCCCAAGAAGGUGGUGCUGCUACGCGUGCUGGCCUUCGCCUGCUGCGCCGCGCUGGUCGCCACGGCGGUGCUGAGCGGCGGCACCGGCGGCAGCCAGGACACCGCGGCUGGCGCACGGAGGUCCCCGAGCGUUCCGCCCGGGCCGCCCGUCGCCACGAAUCAGGCGGGGGGGCUUCCCCCGCACAACGGCACGGGCCCGCGCGGCGAGCAGGCUCCGGGCAGUGGCGCCGGGACAGGCGCUGGCACCGGCGCUGGCACCGCGACUGGCACCGCGACCGCACCGGCUGCCCCGAACGCCUCCCUCCUUGAGAUUGUGCUGCUGUACAUCCCGGUGCCGGAAGGCGCCACCGACUUCCUGCACCACGCCUGGGGCCUCGGUGAGGAUCACCGUCUGGGCCUCGCCUGCUGCGGCCUCUCCGCCUGCCUGCUCAGCGUGCUGCUCGCUGGCCGCCUCCGGGUACGUCGGAUCGACGCCUGGGCCUCCCUGCUCUGGCUCCUCCUGCUGCUCAUCCACGUCGCCGAGCGAUACGCGCCGCUGACCGCCGCCGCCGCCGCCACCGCCGCCGCCAGCAACGCUCCCUCCGAUUGGCUCUCCCGCCUGCGUCUGCCCGCCACCUGCUUGUGCGCCGCCGUGGGAUUGGCCGCCGCCGUGGCGACCAGGCGGCCCGCAGCGUCCUCGCGUGGGCCCAAGCCGCGAAGGCCGUUUGGCGGCACCCUGGGCCCGUCGCCUCUCGUCGGCGUCCCCCGCUACCUGCUCAGCGUCGCGGGGGGCUGCGCCGGCGGCGGGGGGCUCCUCACGCUCUCGCCGACUCCGCCGCCGCCCUUCCUGCUGGCUGCCGCGCGGCACGACCCCCGCCCGGCGGGGAGGCGCGCCGUGGGCUCGCGGCUCUCUCCCUCAUCGCUGCCCACGCACCUCCACCGCGUGCUCUCCCUGGGCACCGCGCCCACCGUCUACCACGCAGAGCCGUGCUACCUGCUGGAGAGCGCUCGUCCCGUCGCCUCUCCGCCCUUGUACAAGGCCAACCCGUUCUCAGACACGCUCUCGGUGGCCUCCUGGAGCCGCCCCGUGUCCCCGUCGUGCUUGUCCACGUCCGGCUCGCUCUUCUCCGACUUCUUGACGGCGCCGCGGACCCCCCCGCCGCCACCGUACACGCCGUGCCGCCCCCUCUCGCCGUCCCCGCUCCGCCCGCGGCGCCCGCUCAUCAGCCCCGCUCGCCUCGUCCUGGGCUCCUCCGCCGCCGCCGCCGGCGCCUCCACCGCCUCGUCGUCGUCGACGUCGUCGCCGCCGACGCCGCCCGGUUCCGUGGUCGCCCCCGGCGACUGUUGCCAGGACGCGGCCUCCGCCCCCCGCAGCGUCGCCGGCGGGAGGACGGGGCCGCGGAGCCUCGCCUCCGUGCCGUGCGGUGGCCAGUCCGUCUACGGCAGCAGCGACAAGUCGGGUCUCGUGCGGGACAGCUCGAGCGGCUCCUCGCAGUGCCCCGUCGACACCACGACACACUCGGUGCGGAGGGAGGACGCGUCCUGCCCCUCGCGCGCCCACGGAGGUUCCCCGCGCGGAGUGCUGCAGAGUGCCCUUCUGGGCCUGAGCCUGCUCAUGAACCUGCUCUUCGGGCUGCUCUACCUGCACCACGGCUUGCCCUGGCUUCCCAUGGACUCUGCACGUGGCGGCCAAGAGUCGACGGGUGUCUGACCACCACCAUCACCACCACCACGACGACAA